GUUGACUUACGAAACUCAUUCAGAGUUGUGCAAACCGCGACAGGGAACACAUGGGCUUCAUAGCCGCUUCCAACAACUCAAGAAAGAUCAGCUCGGGACGUCAUGGAUACACUUUCAGGGCACGCGUAAAAUGAGAAAUUCUUAUAGUCUCUAUGUAUGGACUAUUGCUUUUAAAAUAUACUGAUGCGGAUUUACAAUCACUUUAGUUCUCAAAGGACAACAGACUUUCGUCGUCAGUUUGCUUCAUCAGAAAGUAAACCGCACUAGAUUGCGUUUUUUGUUUUGUUAUUUCCAAUUCAAAAUGGAAUCUGAGGAAAAUAAGAUAUCGGUGUGGGUUUGCCGAGAGGAGAAACUUGUCUCCGGAUUGUCAAAACGCACCACCUGUGCUGAUGUUGUCAAAGUUCUCCAAGAGGAUCAAAACCUGCAACAAUGUGUGUCUGCAGCCAUGCUUUCUGGAUCUCCACAGUCCUAUUGCAUUGUAGAGAAAUGGAGAGGGUUUGAGAGAAUCUUGCCGAACAAAACGAAAAUUCUCCGCCUGUGGGGCGCUUGGGGAGAGGAGCAAGAAAAUGUUCGAUUUGUUUUGGUCAAAAACGAGGCUUCUUUGGCUAACCACGGACCCCGAAGCGCAGAGGCGCGCGUUGUGCUGAGCAAAGAGAGCCCGUGCGUUUACAAGGGGACAGCCAGAGCCACCAUGGGGUUAUCUCCGGAGAAACAACGUCGGAUUGUUAGAAAAGCAUUCAGAAAGUUGGACAAAAUAAAUAAAAAGAGGGCCCAAGCGGAGUCCAAGGACGCGUCAUCGGCGGAGAAAAUGGAAACAUUGGUUCAUCUAGUAAUUUCACAGGACCAUACUAUCCGCCAACAAAUCCAGAGAAUUAAAGAACUGGACAGGGAGAUUGAAAAGUAUGAGGCAAAAGUUCACAAUGACAGAAUAAAAAGGCAUGGGAUCAAUUAUGUGCAGGACACAUACUUGGUGGAUGCGAACCCCGAAGCACUCUCCGGCCGGGAGCGGGACAAACCCCUUUCGGCGGAGGCUGUUGCCCAGUUUGAGGAGUAUGCCCAAAGGUGUGAGGAGGUGGUCAAACUACAAGAGGAACUGGCGGAGCAUGAAGCGCUCAUGGACAGCAUCACCGUCGAGAUCCAGGAGGAACUCAAUCAGAGGUGGAUAAAGCGGAGACAAGAAGAGCUGUCAAGUAAAGACACUGAAUCCAGCUCGGGGGAGAGCGUAUCAACUGUUCCUGCUCCGGACACAACUUUAGUCCAGGGGGCAGAUACAUCAUCAGAGAACGAGUUGCUACUGGAGGAGGAAAGGAUCAAAACGCAACUGGAUACAAGUUUAUAUAUUGGACUUCGUCUGAAUACGGAUUUAGAAGCCAUUAGGAAUGAUUUAACCCUGACCCAGGAGAUAUGGGGAGCAAAGGAAAAAGAGAUCCAGGAUUUGCUGGAAAAAGUGAACUCUUUAAAUGUAGAGGACAACACAGAAGAGACAGCUCGUACAGAUAAGGACUCGACUCCUGUCGUCACGGAGACAACAAUGCUGCGUCCCUUGGAGACAAAAAGUGAGUGGGUGGAGCAAGCCAGGGGGCUCUCAAAGAAAUGUGACCCCAACGACGAUGACUCAGACACAGGCCUGAGCUCCAUGCACAGCCAGGACUCGGAUAAUCCCCCUGUGUGCGAGUCAUUAGUCUAAAUCCUCAGUGACUUUAUUCACAGACUGAACAUUUGGACCCACACAGCAACUCAGGGAUAUGACUGACACAUGUACACCACAAAUAGUUAUGUGUUCCUCUCCAAAAAAGUCUCUACAUUUAUUAACUUUUUUCAUGUAGUUUACCCUCAUGAAUAGCUCAAAUAGUCACUUAUAUGCACUUAUAGCUAUAUCACACACGGUUGCUAUUUGCCUUUUCUCUGCAACUAUUGUAGUACUAGGAUGUGACAUGUCAGGGUAUUCUGACAGAUACAGUAAGUAUUGAUGGUUGAGGGAUGGGAAAAUUCUGAUGUGUUUCAAAAGUAAACAAAAAGUGACAUUAGAAAGACCAUAAAGAUAACAAUGCACACAUGUACAGGUCUUUGUAAGGAUUGAAGCAGUGUCUGUGACAGUGACUUCUAUUGGUCUUAAAUAUGAAGGGUGUAUGAUGUUCUAAAAUAAAGAUUACUU